GGGGCGGCCUGAGCGGAGGCACUCGGUGUCGGCGCUUCCAAGUUUCGCCAGCAAACCACGCACUCGUUUUUCGUUUUUUGAAUAAAACAAUUAGUUUUUUUUCCUUCUCCCCAAAAUGACUAAAAUUUGUGGUGUGGUGUGUGUCGCUGUAUUGUUGGUCGCCGUGCAAGCGUUCCCGUACCGGCAAAACGACAUCGCUUCAGCGGCCUCCGUGGGUGACUGGGACACAGUACAUAGAUUAUUAGCCGAAAGACAUCGCGAGCGAUUCGGCCUGACUCCAUUAAACGUAGGCAACCCCGGGCACGCCAUCCUGAUCCACAACCAGUUCCCGGCGGGCCAAGGCUUCGUGGGCGUGCCUCCGGGCUUCUCCAACGUGCAGGUGAGCGAGCUGCGCGCUCCCGCCGGCGGCCAGGUGUACGGCCAGGCCAGGUCCACCUUCGUGUCCUCCUCCACUGACCAAGACGGCCGCGAGGUGCUCCACGCCGGCGGCAGACAGGUCGAGAACGUCAACGGACGUGUCACCGCACAGAACAUCCCCGCGAACCAGAUUUUGAAGCAGAUCUUAGUCACGGCUGUUAGUCGCGGUUGGUUAGUGGCGACCGGACGACGUCUUAUCAACAUGAAGUUUGUCGCAGUUUGUGCUUGCAUCGCCGUGGUGGUGCUGCAAAUGUCUGGGACCAAUGGAAGCAGCGUAGGAGCGUACAGCUACCAGGACACUGACGGCAAUAGGUACAGUGGGACAUACGGGCCCCGGGACGGCCCGGUUUUCACCCCCUACUUCAGCUUCCCCCCCUACCCCGGCGGCGAUGACGACAAUAGCGUCAACGACUAUGUGCCAGAUUUCAUUAGGAACCUCGAGAAUUCCAUCCAAGAGAUGAUAAAUCGUAAUUUACAAAACCAGCAGCUUGCUCUGGCGGCGUCGCGGGGAGCAUUCGACUAUUCUGGCGGGGGUUAUAUUCCUAAUUUCGCCACCAGGUUUGCCCCGUACGUCCCGUUUGAGAACCCACAGUUCCCUGGAGGGAACUAUGGCGGAGGAAACUUCCAGAAUCCUGGAGGUUUCGGGGAUAAUAGCGCGUUUGCUUACGGAGCCAUCGGGCCUGACUACAGACAUCAGAUCGCCGCCAUUAAUCCUGAAAAUCCGUCUAUGCCAAACGUGAACUUACGGAGCAGCUUCAGUGACUCGGACUCCCCUCCCGGCGGCUACAAGUCAGUGUCCUCCUUCUCAUCAUCCAUCUCCACCAACGUCAACGGCAAAGAGACAGUCCAGAGGCAAGCCAAGACCGUCAUCGACGACAACGGGAAAGUCACCGAAUACAAAGUCCAAAGCUAAAUGAGAGCGGACGAAGCAAAAAAUAUGUACAUAUACGUAUUUUUAAUUUAACUAAUAACAACAAGUGCAAGAUUGUUUAUAAAUGUAAAUAUUACAUUCAGAUACCUAUAUUUUUCUUAUCAAACAUAAUGUUGCCAACUUUAUGAUUAAAUAGUUAUACGAUAUGAA